CACACUUUAACCUAGGAUCUAUCCAUCUAGACUGCAACUAGUGCGUUCUUUGUCCGGCGGGCGGUAGAUACAAGGUAAGAAGAAGGUAGGGUCGAUGUGUCGGCCCGGCGAGACGAGCCCGUGGUCGAUGGGGGGGAAGAAGAUGUGCCCGUCCAUGGUUGCCCCCCUUAUCACUUUGCAUCAUUACCAGAGAUGAUGAGAUUGCUUGGCGGGGCAUGGAUCCUUGUGAGGUCAUACUGGGGAAGAACAAGUUGAUUACAUAGUCCAUUAGGAGUUGAUCAGCUUUGCCCGCUGAAUUGGGGACCACAACGGUUCCUGGGGCGGGUUGUUCGUAUACCUGAAUAGGGAUAGAUGGCAGAUCAAUGUCGUGGCUACUGGGCUAGUUUUGUGAUGAGCGGCUGGGUUGCGUUGCUUGAUUGUUCGGGGGUGGUGGUCGUUGGGUGGGGUUUAGUGAGGUCGCUGUUAGUCAGAAGGAGGAACCUGGCAAGUCCGGUCAAAGACGUCACCACCCGAGGAUAUCGCGAAGUCGGUCGUGGCGAUCGAUCCGGUACACACAGAGCACAGUCAUUGGCGGAUAUGUGGACGGAGAAAUAGAAGGUAAAGGCACAUGAAAUUCAUUCCAUGGGAGGGAAAGGAAG